GAUCCCAGGGCUCCUCGAUUCCUCUGUCGUCGCCCGGCUUCCUCCGUGUCUCGCGGCCAUUUUCUGAGGACUCAGACCUUCCCCAUGCUGGAAACCCAAAAGAAAAGGAUGCAGCCACUGUGCUGCUAACCACUGUGCUGCUGACCCCUGUAUCCCAGGAUGGAACCUGCAACCCAGGCAUGUGCACUGACCAGGAAUCGAACCAGCGACCUUUCACUAUGUGGGACAAUGCCCAGCCAACUGAGCCACAUCAGGAGUCACUGAUGACCAGGGAUAUGGCUGAGGCUCUCACCCAGUGGGAGCAGCUGAACCCUGCUCAGGGAGAUGUGCCCGAGAAGCAUAGGAACCUGGUCUUGCUGGGGCUUCCAAUUUCCAAGCCUGAUAUAAUCUCUCAGUUGGGGUGUGGGGAGAAGCUGGAGAGAGAAGCCUCAAAAGCCACUAGUCCAGGCUGGGAGACAACACCAGAAAGCAAGGAGCUAACUCCAGAGCAGGAUGUUUCUGAAGAGGAGUCAAAUCCUGGUGUAUUAAUAGAAAGAUUUCCAAAGGAAGAUGAUAGUGGAUGUGAGGAUUCUUUGGAGAGUCAGCAGGAAAACCAUGAGAAACAUUUAAUGCAAGAAGUUGUCACUCAGAAGAAAUCUUCUGGGGAGAGUCAUUACCAAUGUGAUGAAUUUGGAAGAAAUUUUGGUCAGAGGUCAUUACUUGUUCAACGGCAAGGAAAGAGACUACAUAAUUGUGAUUCAUUUAAAAAGAACCUAAAGCAAAAUUCAGAUCUAAUGAGGCAUGAGAGAAUUUGUGCAGGAAAGAAACCCUGGAAGUGUAAUGAAUGUGAGAAAGCCUUUAGUUACUAUUCAGCUUUUGUCUUGCAUCAGAGAAUUCACACAGGAGAAAAGCCCUACGAGUGUAAUGAGUGUGGUAAAGCCUUUAGCCAGAGCAUACACCUUACUCUCCACCAGAGAAUUCAUACUGGAGAGAAGCCCUACAAAUGUCACGAAUGUGGGAAAGCCUUUAGUCACCGCUCAGCCCUUAUUCGGCAUCACAUAAUUCACACUGGAGAGAAACCCUAUGAGUGCAAUGAAUGUGGGAAGGCCUUUAAUCAGAGCUCAUACCUCACUCAACAUCAGCGAAUUCACACUGGAGAGAAACCUUAUGAGUGCAAUGAAUGUGGGAAGGCCUUCAGCCAAAGUACAUUUCUUACCCAGCAUCAGGUCAUUCACACUGGAGAGAAACCCUAUAAGUGUAAUGAAUGUGGGAAAGCUUUUAGUGAUCGUUCAGGCCUCAUCCAGCACCAGAGAACUCAUACUGGGGAGAGACCUUAUGAGUGUAAUGAAUGUGGGAAAGCUUUCGGCUACUGUUCAGCCCUGACUCAACAUCAGAGAACUCACACGGGGGAGAAACCCUAUAAAUGCAACAAUUGUGACAAAGCCUUCAGUGACCGCUCAGCCCUCAUCCGUCAUCAGAGGACACACACUGGAGAGAAACCUUACAAGUGUAAUGAUUGUGGCAAAGCCUUCAGCCAGAGCUCAUCUCUCACAAAGCACCAGAAAACUCAUACUGGAGAAAAACCUUAUAAGUGUAAGGAAUGUGGAAAAGCCUUCAGCCAGAGUUCAUCCCUUUCUCAACAUCAGAAAACUCAUGCUGGAGGGAAAAUCAAGGAAUAUGGAAAAGCCUUUACUGAGCAUUGAGCCUUCAGUAAGCUAAAGAGAAUUCAUACUGUAUAAAGACUAUGUGAAAUUUUUUCCUGGGUGUGAAUAGUCAUCUCAGUAGUUAUCUCAAUCAAAGUUGUAAUCAUCUAAGUAAUUAUUUCAAUCAACAAUUCUUGAGGGGAAAAUUGUUGAUUGAGAUAGCUACUCAAAUGAUUACUUGUACCCAGGAAAAAAUGAGACACAUGAGUUAGUUGGUCAGUUGGAAAAUUUCUAUGAGGGCAGUUCCCUUGAAGCUAGAGAAUGCUGGCCUAGCAGUUCACUUUUGCACUUUUUGUGUCUUUUAGACUUCCUUAUUGAGACAUCUACUGAGAAUCACGUUAACUCCCAGAGUCAAACCUGUAUCCUAGAAAAAGGGAGUAUAGAGGGACCUUUGAUGUUUUCAGCCUGUUUUAAGUUAUCUUUGUUACCUGAUAGUAUGUUUAUUUAUGAAGAUUUAUCCUAAUCAUAUGUUGAUUAUACUUUAGACUUUUUCAUACCAUAGUAAAAUUUAGUUGUAGGCCUGAACUGACACUGCGUAUUAGCUUGUGAAAAUUUGAAGUCUUUGAAAUACUUGCCUUUCACCAUUUUACUCUUGGAAAGAGGCAGGUGACAUGAUAUAUAUAUAUAAUUGAAACUUUGAAGGUUAUUAUUGGAAACAUUUUGAAUGCUGUGUUUUUAGUUCCCACAUUUGACCUUAGAUGUGUCUGUGUGUGGGUUUCUUUAAGUUUAUCCUGUUUGCUGAGCUUGGAUCUGUAGGUUUGUGUCUUUUGCCUAAUUGGGGAUAUUUUCAGAUAUCAUUUCUUUUUAAAAAACUUUUUAUUGAUUUUUAGAGAGAAAGGGAAAGAGAGAGGGAGAAACAUCAAUUUGUUGUUCCACUUAUUUAUGUAUUCAUUGGUUGAUUCUUGUAUGUGCCCUGACUAGAGACUGAACCCACAACUUGGUAUAUUGGGAAGACACUAACCAACUGAGCUACUCAGCCAGAGUCAGUUAUCAUUUCUUUGAAUACAUUUUCAGCCCUGACUCCUAUCCUUUGUCUCCUUCAAGGAUGCUGAUACAAAUGUUAGGUCUUUGCAUGCAAUCCCAAAGGUUCCUGAGGCUCUGUUCAUUGUUUUCCAGUAUAUAUUGACCUUAAUCUGCUCAGGCUGCCAUAACAAAAUGCUAUAGCCUGGGUGGUUCAAACAACAGAAUUUUAUUUCUCACAGUUAUGGAGACUGGAAGUCUAAGAUCUAGGUGUUAACUUUAGUCUCUGCUGAUGGAUCUCUUCUUGGCUUUCUUGCUGAUUGU